AUGACAACCAUGGGAAUCGCAAGUAAACGUCUGGGAAAGGAACUCAACAAGAUCCACCAAAGUCUCCCUCCAGGAAUAACUCUGGUAUCCGCCGAAGAUUUCAAAGAAUGGCUUGUCGACAUCUGCGUUUUAGAUUCGAAUCCUCUAUACCAAGGAGAAACCUACCGAAUAAAAUUAGUUUUCACACCUAACUAUCCCAUCGUAACCUUCCUCGCGCUCUCCGCCCCGCCCCGCCCCAUUCCCAUGCACCCACACAUCUAUUCCAACGGCAUAAUCUGUCUCGAUCUGCUCGGCACCCAAGGCUGGUCGCCCGUCCAAAACGUCGAGUCCAUCUGCAUGUCCCUACAAUCCAUGUUGACCGGAAACACAAAGAAUGAGCGUCCCGAGGGUGAUUAUGAGUUUGUGAAGUACAAUCGCAAGAGACCGAGGGACAUCGAUUUUUAUUAUCAUGAUGAUGGGGUUUGA